AUCAGCGUUGAAAUCUGAAAGCAACCAAAGUCCCCAAUCCCAUCGUUUCCGCACAUGGGAUUAGGUCAAUACUCCAUUCCACCAUUUUUCUCCUUGCGAUGAAGCAAUUUUACAGUCGUCGACUCGAUGCAAUUCAAAGAUUUCUUUACUUAGGAGGAAGGGAGGGAGAGGGAAGGGAGGGAGUGGGAAGGGGGGAGAGAGAGAGAGCAUAUACUGUUGUCUUUUCCUUAAAGUGUUUCUAUUCUUGCUAAAAAGAGGGGGGUUCUGUGCUUUUCUCCACGAGUACUCAUUUCUGUGGCAGAUGUAUCAUGGGUUUUGCUUGCCAUGGUCCCAUCCAAAGCGUGCCUCCAGCUCGUUGAAGCUCUCAAGGGGAGGACCAAAGGAAAAGACAGAAUAGAAGUUUUGUCUGUGCUUUUGGAGGGCAUCUUGUUCAUAACCUCCCCUUUUGUUCUUUUCUCCUCCGUUUUCUCUCUCUUUCUCGUGGUUUCGUUUGGGUCUGUACUCACCGAGUAUUGCCGGGGAAAGGAGUGUUCAAAAUUUGGUUCUUUAUCUGAAGAGGAUUUGGUAUGCGUUCCAAGGUGUCUCGUAUGCUGGGUUUGGUGGAUUAGGGUGUUUGUGGUUACAUUUUGGAUUUGUUGCCUUUGGGUGGUGUAGUUGAGUAAUUCACAAAUCAGAAAUGUGUAACUUUGUUUGGGUUUUUGAGUAUUUAUGGCUGAUUUUUCAGCUUAUAUGUGACUUCUAAGAGGAUUUGUGGCCAAAACUUUUGUAGAUUUUCUCUAAAUGCUUGCCUAACUAGAAUUUUAUCACUGGUUUCUCUUGUUUGUUACUUUUAGAGGUUUUUUCCCCUAUUGAAAUUGUAGAAUGGUCUGGGGAAUUUAGGACUAGAAUUGGCAGUGCUCUUAACCCAUGACCCCAAACUGCACUUUAUAUUGCUUUCCCCUCAGUUUAUGUUGCGGUGCUAUCAAAGGAAUUAGCAGCGAUUUGGUUGUGGCGGCAUAGGCAUUAGGUUCUGCUUGAGUUCUUUACUGGAACAUUUUUUGGUUGUUUUAGAUGGCUUGCAUGAAGCUAGGCUCAAAAAUGGACACCUUCCAACGGAAAGGGAGGGCUUGUUUUUUAUGCAAGUAAUUAAAGGUGGAAUUAAUCCCCUUUGCUCUUCUUGCCCAACACCCGCCUGGGGUGAGGGAGCCACCACCGCAUCAAUAUUCUCCUCCCAAAAAAUCAUUUUGUCCACAAGGUGGAAGGAGAGAAACUCCUAGAUGUGAUUGUAGGGCUCUCAUGUCGCCUCAUAGUACACUGUUUGAUCGGUAGUGCGGGCGAGGGUGUGUGAUUUUCAAUGGCUUGUCUCAGUUGCGAUACAUAAAAUACAAAUCGAUGGCUGAGGUCGGUGGCAACCAUAGGGCGACAUACUACUGCACCAAUGUGGUCCACAACCUCGCAGGGCCCAAAGUAGCGGGAGGAGAGCUUCUCAUUCCUUCGUCGAGCCACAAUCCGCUGCCUGUAAGGUUCAGCACUACUGGCCUUCCCAGUGAUGUUACCGUUGAAGUUGGAGAGAUGUCCUUCCAUCUUCACAAGUUUCCUUUAUUAUCCAAGAGUCGUCUUCUGGAAAAACUGAUUUCUGAUAAGUCUGGCGAAGAAGAGAGCUGUAUCAUAAAGCUUUCAGAUAUUCCUGGUGGUUCAAAGGCGUUUGAACUAGUUGCCAAGUUUUGCUAUGGCAUGAAGAUAGAACUUACUGCUUCGAAUGUUGUAUAUGCCCGGUGUGCUUCUGAGUAUCUGCAAAUGACUGAAGAGGUUGCUGAGAGGAAUUUAAUCUCAGAGUCUGAGCUAUUUCUCAAUCAAGUUGUUCUCCGUAGCUGGAAAGAUUCAGUGAGAGCUCUCCAAACCUGCGAUGAUCUUCUCCCUUGUGCUGAAGAUCUUAACAUUGUUACAAGAUGCAUUGACUCGUUGGCUGUGAAGGCUUGCAUGGACCCUGAUCUAUUUGGCUGGCCUAUGAUGGAGCAUGGCUCCAUGCAAAGCCCUGGUGGAAGCGUUCUAUGGAAUGGGAUAAGUACUGGAGCAAGACCCACAAGUCGUAGCACAGAUUGGUGGUACGAGGAUGUCUCAUCUCUCAGUCUUCCCUUGUAUAAGAGGCUUAUAUCAGUAAUGGAGUCACGAGGUAUCAGAGAAGAGAUAAUUGCUGGUUCCUUAGCCUCCUAUGCAAAAAGGUAUCUUCCCGGAUUAAACAAAAGGCACAAUGCAGCACUUAUGACACACAUAUCUGUACUGUCUGAGGAUGAGCAAAGGGGCCUUCUUGAAGAAAUUGAGAGUUUUUUGCCCAUCCAAAAGGGUGUGACUUCUACAAAGUUUCUGUUUGGUCUUCUCCGCACUGCAAUGAUUUUGAAAGCCAGUCCUGAACACUUGGCUAACUUGGAGAGAAGAAUCGGUAUGCAGUUGGAUGAAGCCAGUUUAGAGGAUUUGCUAUUGCCUACCUUUUCUUACUCUAUGGAAACACUCUAUGAUGUUGAUUGCAUCCAUAGAAUUCUCAAGCACUUCCUAGCCAUGGACCUGGCUACUGGUGGAGCUUCUCCUGGUCUGAUAGAUGAUGAGCAGUUGAUGGGUUCUCCAUCGCUUACACCAAUAACCACUGUGGCUAAGCUUAUAGAUGGGUACUUGGCAGAGGUGGCCCCUGACGUCAACUUAAAGCUGCCAAAGUUUCAGUCUCUUGCAGAAGCCAUUCCAGAGUAUGCCCGUCCUCUGGAUGAUGGGCUAUACCGUGCCAUUGAUAUAUAUUUCAAGGCACACCCAUGGCUAUCAGAAUCUGAGAGAGAACAGCUAUGCCGGCUGAUGGACUGCCAAAAGCUCUCCCUUGAAGCCUGCACCCAUGCUGCACAGAAUGAGAGGCUUCCUCUUCGAGUUGUUGUCCAAGUACUCUUCUUUGAGCAGCUUCAACUUAGAACUUCAAUCGCCGGAUGUUUCCUUGUUUCUGACAACCUCGAUGGUUCAAGACCGUUAAGGAGCGGUCUUGUGGCCCCAAGUGAGGGCGGCGGCGGGGGCUGGGCCACUGCUGUCAGGGAAAACCAGGUUCUGAAAGUUGGUAUGGAUCACAUGAGGAUGAGAGUCUCUGAACUUGAGAGAGAGUGUUCAACCAUGAGGGAGGAGAUUGAGAGGCUGAGCAGGUUGAGAAAUGGGUGGAGCGGUUUCUCAAAGAAAUUGGGCUUCAGGGUGAAGCCACAGAUAUGCAGCACACAGGAAGAUUCAGUUAGCGAGCAUCAGAGCAGGAGUGGGAAGAUUGAAGCUAUAAGCAAAGCUCACAAAUCAUAGAAGAAACUUAUCAAAAGGUGAAUGAUGGACUAUAUGCUACUUCUCUUGUAUUUCACAGUUUAUUCUUUCUUGUAAUCUUGCCAUAGUUUUUAUGUUUUGAAUUUAAAUGGCUAGUUGUUUUUUAUGAAUUCCAAUGUUGCUGGCAAUGUAACAGCACAAACUUUUAUCAACAUAUUGUCCGCUUUGAUUUAAAGGCCUCAUGAUUUUAUCA